CGCAGAGCAGACGCAGACUUUUCUUUAACACCUGUUUUUUUUAUAUAUAUAUAUAUUUAUAUAUAUAUACAGAAAAGUCUAUUUUAAGGGCAUAUUCUUUUACUUUUUACCCGCCUUUAAAGCUUUAACGUGUUUGUGGCAGCAGUAAGAGGAUGACGUUGGAAGUCGACGCGGAGGGAAAUUAACCUUAUCGUGUGUGAGAGCCGACUGACGUUAAAAGGUGAGGACGAGAGAGGCGUUAAGGUUAAUAAACAAUGAGCAGGACUCCUCUUUCACCCGGCAUGGAUCAGCACUCGACAAAGGAGAUCAUGCUAUGGUUUAAGAUUCCCUACCAGCGAUCUUUGGGGCCUUAAUGGAUCAAUGCGACCCCAGAAGGAACGUGUGUCACCGCCUUCGUCAUAGUCGUCUAUUUUAGCUGUAGGAGAGUAUUGGAAGCAGAGGAGCUGGACUCUCACUGGGAUAGUCUCAAAUGUGAUUUAUUUAUUUCAUCUGACACACAGACACAGGUGGAACGUUCUCUCCCUGCUGCGCGGGCACAAACAACACCUGCCGACAAGGACGAGACAAAGGAGGUAACGCCGUCCUAGUGUACUUAUCAUGUAGACAGGCAGACGGAGAGACGGACAGCCGGAAAACGCGAGGUGACAAGUCGAUAGACGGCGAGAUCCCUCGCACUCGCACAGGUCACAAUGCCAGACGAGUCGCAAGGUUUUCAGGAAAAGGGGAGGCCUGGAGAAGAAGCGUCGCAGGUGUCUUUGGUGCCAGACAUUAUGGCCGUCUCCGGUGAUGGGAAGGGCAAAAUGUCCAGAGGUAAUAUCCUGGAGCUUGACGACUUCAGUCACACAACAGAUGGCGUAAAAGCACAGAGCAGUGACGGUGACGUUUUGCAUUCAGGAGACGGUAAACCCCAAGUUUCCGUGGAGGUGGGUGUCGCGAAAACAGCGCAGGCACCUGAGCCUCUCAAGGCCAGUUCUUUGUUGAAGGGGACGGGCGUGACCCUGCAGGCUACGGAUCACGCCGCCCCGGUCAACUCGUCCUCCGAUAGGCCGCAAACUGACAGCGGGACUUCACCGCAAGCAGACGGCGGCAGCGACUCCGACUACAGCAGCACAAAGUCCAGCUUACCUGAGCUCGAUAGAAGCUCCUUUGAAAAGACGAACUCUAUCUCCCCUGUCAAUUUAUCCGAACCCAAUUUAGACGCUUCAGACAAAAACACCAAAAGUAGUUCAGCGAAUGACAGAGACAUUUCUGAAACCGACUUUAAAGAGAAAGCAGAAAACUCCCUGAGUGGCAAUUCGCCCCCAUUCCCCGACGUUUCAGCCCAAAUCUACCAAACGAGGGACAGCAUUGACAUGAGGUGGGACGAGGAGGACAGGGACGAGGACAGGCGAAGCACCCAGUCCAGGCGGACUGUGAAAGAAGGGGUGUUUUGCUGCUAUCAGAAGUUCCACAGGGCUUUUCUGCAGUGCGUGGAGGAGACACCGGCCAUGUUGUCUGGGCUGUUGCUGUCUCUGGCUUUCUGCGUGGCCAUCAUUGUCCUCAUUCCCACCACCAGAGAGAACAUCGAUGACCACGUAGGCGCUCUGUCGGUGGUGUGUGUCGUUCUCUGUCUGAGCGCCAUGCUGCUCGUCUGCCUGCCCUGGCUGGCCACGGUGAGGCGCUGUGGAGGAGCCCUGGCCCUCUUCGUCUGGGGGACGCUCUACAUCACUGCCAUAGUCUUCAUCUUCACCGAAAAAACCAUCAAUACGUGGGAGCAGGUCGCGUUUUUCCUCUUCCUCUCUCUGAGUGUGUACACAGUGCUGCCUCUCUCUAUGGCCUGGGCCCUUAUGGUCGGGAUAGGGACCAGCGUAUCGCACAUCGUCAUCAUCAGUGUCUACGUCCCUGUCACAAGCCCAGAGACACCAGACCUGGCAGUGCAGCUGGUGGCGAACGCGCUGCUGUUUGUGUGUGUGAACUGCAUCGGGAUUUUCCAUUUGUGGAUGACCGAGCGCGAUCUCAGGAUAUCCAAUCAGAAGAGAGAACAGUUCAGCAAAAUACGCUCCCAGAAGGAAAUAAGGAAGUAUCAGCAGGAGCAGCUCCUCCUGUCGGUGUUGCCUCGGUACAUCGCCGUGGAGCUGAAGUCGGAGGUGAUAAAGAGGCUCUCCAAGCCCAAGAGUGACAAGGAGAAUGAAUCCAACUCCAACAACUUUCACAGCCUCUAUAUACGGCAGCACAAAGACGUCAGCAUCCUGUAUGCAGACAUCGUGGGCUUCACAAAGCUGGCGAGCACCUGCUCACCAGAAGAGCUGGUCGCCGUGCUCAACAAGCUCUUUGGCAGAUUCGACGACAUCGCCAAGAAAAACGGGUGUCUUCGCAUUAAGAUCUUGGGUGACUGCUACUACUGUGUAUCUGGUCUCCCUGACCCCAUUCCCACCCACGCCAGGAACUGUGUUCAGAUGGGACUGGACAUGUGUACUGCCAUCAGUAAACUGCGAGAGGCGACCGGGGUUGAGAUCAGCAUGCGUGUGGGCGUCCACACCGGCAACGUGCUCUGCGGCGUCAUCGGCCUGCAGAAAUGGCAGUACGACGUGUGGUCACAUGACGUCACGUUAGCCAACCACAUGGAGUCCGGAGGUCUUCCUGGGCGAGUCCACAUCACAGAGGAGACACUGCAGCACUUGAAUGGAGCGUACCAAGUGGAGGAGGGGAACGGGGGGACUCGGGAUCCUCUUCUUACAGGAAGAAAAACCUACCUGGUGAUUGACCCACACAAGCCGAACAGCAUUUCAAGGAGACCUAAAGUGGCAAACAGUCUUGCGUCGGGAGAGAACAGGCAGCGUGCGUCGGUCCGGAUGUCUCAGUACCUGCAGUCCUGGAGGACUAUCCACCCCUUCGCAGACCUAAGCAACCCUGACGCCAAGCCCUCCAAGAAGAAAAUCAUCCCCACCAAUGCGGUCAUGAACCAGUCGCAGCUGUCUGCAGAAAGAGCACCUUACCAGAGCUGUUUGGUUGUGGAUAAUCGUGUUAGGGGAUCACUGGACACGAUAGAGACUGCGGGGAGAAGAUUAAAGAAGCUCAACUGUUUGACUCUGCUGUUCAACGACCUGAGCCUGGAGAGACAGUUCCGCCUCUCAGAAGUCAAGGGUUUACACCAUUCAAUGAGCUGCAUGGCUUUGAUCUUCGUUACUCUGUUCGCCGUCCAGAUGCUUGUCUCUCCAAAUAACUUUGUGAUGGCCGUGUCGUACGGCGCAACCUUCCCUGUGCUGGUGCUGCUGCUGUCCAUCGCUUUCACUGGAUACUUGGAGAAGUGGCGUUCCAAGAUGCCGUUGAGUGUUCAGUGGAUAUCAGGGCUGUCCCGUGGUGUCUCCACCAGGGCGGCGCUGCGACUCUUUGUGGUCACUCUCUGCGUGCUCAUCACACUGCUAAUGGCCAUCCUCAACUUUGUCUUCCUCCCGGGAAACAACUGCAUGUCAAUUACUAACAGGACAGAGCUGGAAGGUCUCAGACUCUACAAUGGGCCUUACUACCUGUACUGCUGCCUGCUGGCCAUGCUGGGAGUGAUCGUGUUCGUCAGGACGUGCUUGUCAGUGAAGACGCUGCUGCUCACCCUCGCUGUGGUGGUUUACCUGGCCCUCUUCCUCCAUGUUUACGCCCCGAGGUCCCACUGCCUCGUCGACAUGCUUUACAACAGCACCAGUCCGGGAGUGCUGAAGGACCCUCAGAUCAUGUCCGGGGUUUGGCUCGUCAUCUUUUACAUUGUGUGCCUCAUUCUGGCCCGACAGGACGAGCUGGGUUGCCGCGUCGACUUCCUGUUGGAGAGCUGUUUCAAGACGGAGAGAGAAGAGAUGGAGACCAUGGAGAACGUCAACAAGCUCCUCCUCGAGAACGUGCUGCCGCUCCACGUCGCCUCCUUCUUCGUGGGCAAAAGUAUUCGCAACCAGGACCUGUACAGUCAGUCAUACGACUGCGUGUGCGUGAUGUUCGCCUCCGUGCCUCAGUUCAAAGAGUUUUACAGCGAGAGCAGCGCCAACAGGGACGGCCUGGAGUGUUUGCGCUUCCUCAACGAGAUCAUAUCGGACUUUGACGAGCUUCUCUCUAAGCCCAAAUUCUCUUCAGUGGAGAAGAUUAAGACCAUCGGCAGCACGUACAUGGCUGCCGCGGGGCUGACGCAAUCACCUCUAGGGGACGAGAGAAAGAAAGUUGAGAUAUCCUACAGCCAUGUGCGCUCCAUGCUGGAGUUCGCCAUCGCUCUGAUGGGCAAACUGGAGCUCAUCAACACACACUCUUUUAACACCUUCAAACUCAGGAUUGGAAUAAACCACGGUCCAGUGAUCGCCGGAGUGAUUGGAGCUCAUAAACCUCAGUAUGAUAUCUGGGGGAACUCUGUGAACGUGGCCAGCAGGAUGGAUAGCACAGGAGUGUUGGACAAGAUACAGGUGACGGAGGAGACGGCCCAGAUGGUCGAGAGCGUGGGAUACGGCGUCACUCUCAGGGGAGUGGUCAACGUCAAGGGCAAAGGGGAACUCACCACCUACUUUGUGAACACAGACCAAUCUUCUCCUCCGUUCUGACCCUCCCCCGCAGUCAAAAUCUUGAUCAGACUUAUCACCCAGACCUGGAUCCAAACUGAAAACGCUUGUUCGUGUUUGUUUUAGUGCGAUACCAGAUAGGGUCUGGGGUUGUGGACUGGUGCACUACACUGAGCUUGCCCACAGAGGUGAACACAACCAGUGGCAAGGCCUUGAAGAUACUACUGUAUGUUUACCCAGGACUGUAAUUAUCAUGAGCCUCUUCGCUGACUUAAUGCUGAAACAGAUGUAGCAAUACAGGGUAUCACCUGUUAAUCACUUACAUCCACAGUGGAGCUGCCUUUGUCAGUCGGAUGAGACCCUAAAUAAAAUCCUGAUCGGUUAAAUGAAGACUACAACUGGGAGCACAGAGCUCCUCGUGGACUCUUUAAUGGCAGACCAUGUUGCUUACUGUAUCUGUACUGUAUCUCUUUAUCAUGUGAAACUGCAUUAGGUGGGUCAAGUCCCCAUCACACACUUUUCACUGUGUUAUUCUGAAAACUGGAUUGAAUUUUUUUACACUUUUUUUGGUACUUUAACAUGGCUGAAUGUACGAUUCAUUUAUUGGAGAUACAAAACAGGCUAUCCAUCCUAGAUGUUUUUAUGAAGGAUUUUGUAGAAGGAGUGUGUCUCAAAUAAGCAAAAUAACAUUUUUGCAGGUUAUUUACAAUAUUUCUUUCACUCUAUUGUGGUUUGUAAAAUAGCAUUUACAUUUGUUUUCACAUUUAAAUGUCAUGUUUUGUGUCUAGAGUAUUUUGGUACGGAACAUUUUGUGUCUUUAAAUGUAUGAAAACCGGAGGCAUACAGUUUGUGUACUUGAAAAUUGGUCUUUUCCAAGAGUUCCCAACAUCCAAGGGAUGAUGAGUUGUCAUGAGAUGAUUCACUCCAUAGGAAUGUGCUUUUUAUUGUGAAAUCCUGGAUAGUUUUACUUGCUAAACACCUUCAACGUGUAAGAAUAGACCAGAAAAGGUAAGAAACCACUGGCCAAUGUUGCUCUCUGCUGGAGCUGGAGAGAUUUACUGCAAGCCACGCUGUUUUAAAUGUUGGUCUCCCUAUUCACUACUACCCACAACUGACCCUUGAGGCUGUAACACAUCUGCACGCAGGCAUAACGAUGUGUUCAAAUGCAACGGAAAGUCAGAAAAAAAUGCACAUUUAACAUUGCAUUUUCUAAUAUGUUGCUGUUGUUUUUUAAAGGGGAGCUCAGCAUUACAUUAUGCAUUAUUCUCCUUUUCUAUGAAGUUUAUAUUUCUGCGAGGGAUGAUGUGAAAGUGUGAAUGAAAAAAAAUAAUGAAGUAUGUUGGGAAGAU